AUGGCCGCGAACCCGACGUCCACCGCUGACCUCGCCAACGGCGGCGAGGAAUCCGCGGCGCAGAAGCUCCUCCAGAAGCACGCCGAGGCUCCGCACACCGUCACCGUUGAGGACGUCCCCGACGAGGAUGGCCCAGCCCCGAAGCCGGCCGCCGAGGCCUCUGGCUCCUGGGCUGCCCCUAUGAGCGCAAAGGCCGCUGGCAAGCAGCAAGCAACCCAGCCCAAGUCCGCCCUCGACACCCAGUCGCACGAGCUCUUCCCGGAGCUCGGCGCACCCAAGGGCAAGAGCGCCAACAUCGCUCCUGUCUGGGGUGCCAAGAGCGGCGCCAAUGGCAAGGCCAAUGGCUCCGGCGCCUCCAACGGCGCCUCUCGCUCCUCGACCCCGACGUCCACCGGCGCCGCGACGCCCUCGCAGUCCAGCGCCGCCCCGUCCAUGUUCAUCCCCGGCCGCAAUGUCGAGACGGUCACCCUUGAUCCCGCCUUCAUUCUGCCCCGCGGCCAGUUGAAGCGCCCCAUCGCCGACACCCUCAAGGACAUCAACCGCAAGUCCCGGGCCAACUUGACCAUGUCUACGGCCCCCAACGGCCGCCUGCGCUUCGACGCGACCGGCCCUCCCGAGGUCGCCCAACAGGCCCUCAAGGAUCUGGUCUCGCAGAUCGGACUCAGGACGUCGAUCAAGGUCCCCAUCCCCCACAGCGCGCGCGCCCACAUCAUCGGCAAGGGCGGCUCCAUGAUCAAGGCCCUGCAGGAGAAGACGGGUGCCCGGAUCCAGCUCCCCCGAGCCGAGGAGGGCAGCCGCCCGGCCGACGACGACGACGACGACGCCACAAUUGAUGUCAUCGUCGAGGGCAACGCCCUGUCGGCGGCGUCGGCGCGCAACGAGAUUCUCAAGAUUGCCGGCGAGCGUUCCGCCAACGUGCAGACCAAGGUCCGCGGCAUUGCGCCGGCCUUUUACCCCUUCCUCGCCGGCCCCGCCAACGCCGCGGCCCAGUCGCUCGAGGACGAGAACGGCGUCCAGAUCCGCGUGCCCCCGCACCAGCCAUUCUCGCGUGUGCCCGCGCCUGUGGCCCCCGCACCCGGCCAGCGGCCCGUGUUCCACCCCGCCGGCUCCGACGACGACCACAUCCAGCUCGCCGGCGACCGGGCGGCCGUGCAAAAGGUGCGUGCCGAGAUCGAGCGCCGCGCCGCGCAGCUCCAGAAGGAGCUCGAGGCCGAGCAGCUCUCCAUCCAGCGCGGCCGCCACCAGUUCAUCGUUGGCGACCGCGGCGUGCCGGCCGACGACUUCUUCGCCGAGACGGGCUGCGCCAUCCUGCUGCCUUCGGAGGAGGACGAUGACAUGGUCACCAUCAUCGGCCCCGCCGACCGCGUGCAGGCCGGCCUGGAGCGCGCCAUGGACCUCGCCAUGGGCAUGCAAAUGUCCAACAUUGACAUUUCGAGGUUUCAUCGCACCGCCCCGAGCGGCGCCGCCGCCCACGCGGCCAACGUCACGCGCUACCUGCGCCAGCGCCGCGAGAUUGAGCGCCUCGAAAAGCUCUACAACACGCACAUCAACACUCCCUUCUCCCAGGACGGCGCCCUGCCGUGGGAGCUGUACUCGCGCGAGGGCAAGAACGCCAUCCGCGCGCAGUCGGAGAUUACGGGCAUCAUCAACGGCCUCCCGCCGUCGCGCAUGCAGGCCGUCCCCGUGGACCCCUUCUUCCACCAGCACCUGCGCAACGACGUUACGCCCCGUGUCAAGAAAGACUACGGCGUGCACGUCGUUGUGCCCGAGGCCUCGGAGGCCGACGCCCCCGUGCUUCUCGUCUUCGAGGGCCCGGACCCCGCCGACGGCCCGUACCAGGUCCCGCGCACCAAACCCACGGACGCCGAGGUCAAGGCUUUCCAGCAGGGUAUCGAUGAUGCGCGCAAGCACAUCCUGGAGCUCCUCAACAAGCAGGAGUCGCUCACCAGCACGACGCUGGACGUGCCAGCCAAGUUCCACGAGAAGCUCCGUCGCUUCAUCAAGAAGGAGCAGGAGAGCCGCUCCUCUGACCAGAUCCCCAUCCGCGUCACUAAGGUCGGCACCAAUAUCACGCUGCGCGGGCCGGCAUCGGCCGUCGAGUCGCUGGCGGCCAAGGCCGAGGAGUUUGUCGAGCAGGCCAAAGAGGAGGAGAAGGAGCGCGGCUUCACGCUGUCGUUUGACUUUCCCCAAAAGUACGCCAACCACCUGAUUGGCAAGGGCGGUAGCAACAUCAAGGAGCUGCGCGACCGCUUCGACGUCGAGAUCCAGGUCCAGGACGGCAAGGUCGAGCUCAAGGGCCCCAAGGCCAAGGCCGAGGCGGCGCGCUCGCAUAUCCAGGGACUCGGUCGCACGCUGGCGGACGAAACGACGCACGUCCUCAAGAUCGACCCUAAGUACCACCGGGAGCUCAUCGGCGCGCAAGGCGGCCAGAUCAACCGCCUGCAGAACCGCUACAAGGUGCUCAUCUUCUUCCCGCGGUCUGCCAAGAGCGCGGCCGAGGACCAGUCCAACGCCGACGCCGCCAGCGAGGCCGGCAAGCCCCGCCGCCAGCAGGCGCCGGAUGAGGUCAUCAUCCGCGGGCCCAAGAAGGGCGCCGACGAGGCCCGUGACGAGAUCUUUUCGCUUCACAAGUACCUAGAGGAGCACUCGGUCACGGCCUCGGUACCCGUGCAGCAGAAGCAGGUCGGUACGCUCAUCGGACAGGGCGGCGCCGCCCUCGACGAGCUGCGCCAGGCCACGGGCGCCCGCAUCGACGUGCCCGCCGACCGUGACACGGACAUUGUUGAGAUUGUCAUCAAGGGUACCGCGUCGCAGGUCGCCCAGGCCCGCAAGAUUCUCGAGGAGAAGCGCGCCGUCUUUGACGACACCGUCGUCAAGACGCUUGACGUCGACAAAAAGCACCACAAGGCGCUUAUUGGCUCGGGCGGCUCCAACCUGCGCGAGAUUGUCGUCGGUGCCGGCGGCGCAGACGACCGCCGCAGCCUGGCACGGACGAUCCAGUUCCCGAAGCAGGACGCCGAUGGCAACACCAUCAAAGUCGAGGGACGCACCGAUGUGGUGCAGAAAAUUAUCGAGCGUAUCGAAGAGAUUGUCGCCGAGCGGGAGAGCCAGGUCACCGAGGUGGUGGAGGUGCCGGUCGAGAACCACCGCUCGCUCAUCGGACGCGGCGGCGACGUCAAGCGGCAGAUGGAGACGCAGUUUUCCGUCAGCAUCGACGUGCCGCGACAGGGCGAGGGCAAGACGGGCGUCAAGGUGACGGGCCGACCCGAGAACGUGGCCAAGGCUAAGGAGCACAUCGCGGGCAUUGUCAAGCAGCAGCAAGGCGAGGCGCUGCAGGUCCCGCGCAGCGUGCACCACGCCGUGUCCAACAACGGGCAGCUGUUCCGGCAGCUGCGAAACAACCACCAGGUGACCGUGGACCACGCAGGCCAGCAGGCGCCGGCUAAGACGGGCUCGUCGACGCGAGCGGCCGAUGCGGCGCUGCCUCUCAUCACCGACGAUGCCGACGCCGCGGCGGAUGCACACUCGUGGAAGGUGGUGCGGACGGCGUCGGACGAGCAGGGCGAGAUCCCGUGGGUGCUGCGCGGCCCGCCCGAGGGCGUGGCCAAGGCCAAGGAGAUGAUCCAGCGGGCACUCGAGCAGGCGCAAAAGAACGACGCGACGGGCUACCUGGUGCUACCGGACCCCAAGACGUACCGGCACGUCAUCGGGCCCAACGGGUCCAAGGUCAACUCGAUCCGGCAGCAGAGCGGGUGCCGCAUCCAAGUGCCGCGCGACCAGGCCAAGGACGAGGCGAUUGAGAUCGUGGGCAACCAGGACGGUGUCGAGAAGGCCAAGGACCUGAUCCUGGCGGCGGUGCGCGAGGCGCUCAAGAGGGAGUAG